AUGCCUCCCACUCGUCAACGUGCACAUCGUUCUGCAAGACUUCGAGCUGAUGCUCGAGUGCACUCAAUGGAUCCUUCAGCACUCUCCGUACCUCCCUCUGAGGGACAAUCCAAGGUCCCCUCCGAAUCUGGACCACGAUUGACCAUCCAGUGGCAUAAUGAAACUGCCCUAACGGAUGUCUUGGUGAAUUAUCUAACGUCUCACCCUGCUGAUUGUAGGGUGCUCUUUUAUUCUGAGGGGAAGAAGGCGAUGUCCCCCGUCAACGACAGCCCCUCGGGCUCGGACAAAGGCCAAAUCUGUAGCGUUAUCGCUAAACUUAUCUUCACCAAUCACCCCAAAUAUGGUCACGCAUAUCACGACAAUCAGAAGAAAUUCUGUGACACAAUCAACAAUUGCAUUAACAAAACAAAGUACAAGAAGAUGAAGGCUAGAUUCGGUGACACAGGUGCCGGUGUGAUGCCGCUUGAUGGGACGGCUGCAAAAAAUCUGCUGGACUCAGUUCUUUUGGAGUUCCCAUGGUACACGGACCUCGAUGGAAUCUGGCACUCCAAUCCGUCGUUGGCUGCAAAGACUUAUUCCUCCAAGCCUGGUGUUGAUCACGCAGGCGCGUACAUCAGAUCCUCAUACCCAGGCGCAUACAUCAGAUCCUCAGACCCAGGCGCGUACAUCAGAUCCUUGGACCCAGGCGCGUACAUCAGAUCCUCAGACCCAGGUGCAUACAUCAGAUCCUCUGUUUUACGGCGAUCCCCCCAUUGA